UAGUAACAGUAGUGUGGCAACGCAGCCGUAGAAACCAUUAUUUUGACCCUACUGCCUUGCCGUAAUCUCCCCCUCCCACUAACGUCUUCCUGGACAAACACACGUGGAUUUUACUGACGCCAAGCACAAACAACAAUAACAUGGCAAGCCACGGGCUCACCUACGAAGGCUGCAAUUUCCUCAGACAGCGUCUGGUUUUGUCCACGCUCAGUGGGAAGCGCGUUAAGAUAAAAAACAUCAGGUCUAAAGAUGACGAGCCGGGACUCAGGGAUUUUGAGGCCAGUUUUAUCAGACUGCUGGACAAGGUGACCAAUGGCUCCACGAUAGAGAUUAACCAAACAGGUACCGUUUUAGUUUACCAGCCUGGGUUGUUGUACGGAGGCACUGUGGAACAUGACUGUAACCCGCAACGCUCAGUUGGGUACUAUCUGGAGGCCCUCCUCAUGCUGGGUCCUUUCAUGAAGUCCCCUCUGAAGGCCACUCUGAGGGGAGUUACCAAUGACCUCACUGACCCAACGGUCGAUCUGCUGAAGUCCACAGCCCUCCCAGUGAUGAAGAAGUUUGGGAUCGAUGGAGAAGGCUUUGACAUCAAGGUGGCGAAGAGAGGAAUGGCACCUGGUGGGGGUGGAGAAGUAGUGUUUACAUGUCCUGUCCGCAAAACCGUCAGGCCCGUCCAACUGACUGACCCUGGCAAGAUCAAGAGGAUCAGGGGAGUGGCAUAUUCAGUGCGAGUUUCUCCUCAGAUGGGCAACAGGAUUGUGGAGUCAGCCAGAGGCAUCCUCAACCAGUUUCUUCCAGAUAUCUAUAUCUAUACUGACCACAUGAAAGGAGCCAACUCUGGAAAGUCUCCAGGCUUUGGUCUGACACUGGUAGCAGAGACGCUCAAUGGCUGCUUCCUCAGUGCAGAGAUGUCAUCCACACCACAGGGGCAGGGAGACCCCAUACUGCCAGAAGACCUUGGCAGAAAUUGCGCAAAACUGCUUUUGGAGGAGAUAUAUCGGGGUGGCUGCGUGGAUUCAUCCAAUCAGAGCUUGGCGCUGCUCUUGAUGACCCUUGGCCAACAGGACGUGUCGAAGGUUCUCCUGGGACCCCUCUCCCCAUACACGAUCGAAUUCCUCCGACACAUCAGAGAUUUCUUCCAGAUUAUGUUCAAGAUUGAGGUCCAGAAGCCUUUAGAAGACGAACGGAAAGGGGGCGAUAAGGUCCUGAUGACCUGUGUAGGUGUUGGAUACAGCAACAUUAGCAAAACCUUGAAAUAAAUUAUUUUUUCAUAAAUGUU